CUCCUCCUCAUCGUCGUCGUGUGCAUGACCCUCGGAACCACCGCCAUCUCCGUCGGGUUCAACUUUCUCGGAAGAGACUUCUACAACUCAAUCGCGGAGAAGAACCCGGAGGACUUCGACCGACUUUUGAAGACGUACAUCGCCGCGAUCGCCGGCGCCAUUCCCGUGUUCGUGUUCAGGGACUACUACCAGCAGGUGCUCACGCUGAAGUGGCGCGGGUGGAUGACGGAGCGGUACGUGGAGAAGUACCUGGACGACCGGAACUUUUACCACAUUCAAACCGGCAGCGUCAUCGACAACCCGGACCAGCGCAUCGUGGACGACAUAUCCGCGUUCACGUCCCAGACGCUCGGCCUGGCGUUCACGUUGCUCAACGCCGGGAUCGAUCUGGUGAGCUUCAGCGGCAUCCUGUUCGGGAUUUACAAGCCACUCGUCGGGGUGUUGUUCGUGUACGCUGCGGGCGGCACGCUUAUCAGCGCCAAGCUCGGUCAGCCGCUGGUGGGUCUGAACUUUAACCAGGAGCGUCGGGAGGCGGACUUUCGGUACGGGCUCGUGCGCGUGCGCGAGAACGCGGAGAGCAUCGCGUUCUACGGAGGCGAAGCCGCGGAGCGAAGCGGGCUCGUGGGCAGGCUCCGCGCGGCGCUAGAUAACCUCGGCGACUUGCUCGUCGCGACGAGAAACGUGGAUUUUUUCACCAGCUGCUACAGGUACCUGGUCACGUUCUUGCCCGCGGCGGUCGUGGCGCCGCUGUACUUCAAGGGCGAGAUCGAAUUCGGCGUCAUCAACCAGAGCAGCUCGGCGUUCUCGCACAUCCUCGGCGACGUCUCGCUGGUGGUGUACCAGAUCGAGCGACUGGCCAGCUUCAGCGCGGUGACGGACAGGCUCGGGCAGAUGACCGAGGUGCUCAACGGCCCGGCGUCGCGGCUCCGAAUCGAUCGGGAAUCCCCCGAGAGGCUGAGGCUCGCGGGCCUGACGGUGCGGACGCCCGGCGCGUACGGCGCGCAGCGACCGCCGCUCGUGACGGACCUCGACCUGACCCUCACGUCGAGGUCGUCGGUGCUCAUCAUGGGCCCCUCGGGCGCGGGUAAGACCUCGCUGCUUCGAGCCGUCGCUGGUCUGUGGGAGCAGGGCGCCGGCGAGGUUCGAUGGGCCGCGGCGGCGCCGCGGGACCCCGGCCUCUACUUCCUCCCCCAGCGCCCGUACCUGGUGCUGGGCACGCUCCGGCAGCAGCUCCUCUACCCGACGAUGAUGGAGUUUCAGUGCGGCGUCGCCGGGUGCGCGCCGAAGCCCGACGACGCCGCGCUGAUCGACGCGCUCGACCGCGUGAACCUCGGGUACCUGCUCCGUCGAGGGACAUCGACGAACGCCCAUCCGAAGGAGGGUGAGACGCGACUCGGUUCCGACGUCGACGAGUGGUCGGAACUCGCCGCGGGCCUCGACGCGGUCGGCGACUGGUCUUCGAUCCUGUCCCUCGGCGAGCAACAGAGGCUGGCGUUCGCCAGGGUUUUACUCGCGCGUCCCCCGGUGGCGCUGCUCGACGAGGCGACGAGCGCGUUGGACGCGGCGAACGAGGCGAGGAUGUACUCGCUGCUUAGGGAUUUGGACGACGUGGCGUACGUGAGCGUGGGACACAGGGGGAGUUUGCUGGGUUUUCAUGAACAGGUGCUGCGACUGGAGGGGGACUCGUCGUGGCGGGUGGUGAGCGCGGAGGCGUAC